AAUAUUUUAUUAAAACUAGCUUUAUUCUAAUUAAAGAAAGAAGUACUGACUUACGAAGCGUCGUAUGACGUUAUUGCUAAGGCGUCACUGUUAGAUAUCGUUCGUUAAUGCAGCUUUUGUAAAAUUACACGAAAGUAUCGGUAUUUAUGAAAAAUAAAGUGUAAUAUGAAAAUAAAUGUAAAAAAAGAAAAGAAAGAAAAGAAAAAUAUGGCCUGUCUCCGUUCUUCGAGUAUUGAAUGUUAUCGAUUAUCCAUAGGUGUGAAUAAUUGCAGUAUUGUACCGAGUCGAUAAUUUCAUUAAAAACAAUUUCUUUAAAAAAUGUCACACUACGAGUCUCCCAUGGGAUAAUUGAAUUUAAUCUGAACAUUUCAAGAAUUAGAGAUGAUUGGCAGGCGUUGUGUUCUACUUGCCCUUGGCAUCCUUUUGAUCCUUGUGAUUACUGUGAACAUUUAUUUUAUUCGCAUAAUCGUGGAGAAUUCUUCACAAAAGUCGCAGUUCAAAAAUUUACCUUUAGUCGAGGAAAAUUAUCUUCCAGGGCCGUCUUUACGCAAGAAUGAAAAUAGUAGAAAUUUUCAAAAGUCCGUCGGUGAAGAUAUCAAUGAAAAAAUUAAAGAAGAGACACAAAUAUUACCUUCAAAAUAUUUUAAACAAAAUACGAGUUAUUUGAUCGUACUCGAACGGUUAUUGUCCGAAUUGAAGAUUAUGGACAAUGCGCAUGAAGAUAUAUGGAGUAUUCCUAGUAACAAUUGGCCUGAUGCUCACCAGUUAAUACCGCCAUCGGCUCCGGAAUUAGGGACUAUACUCGAUGCUUUGAGGAAAGCAAAAGUAAAACAUGCCGACAACGCUGUCCUUGGUACACAAUUGAAACUUAUGCUGACAUUGGAGAAUGGUGCAAAGGCUGUAUUUAAACCGCAAUGGUACUCUAGAGAUACAGUUAUUCGUGGACCCGUUUAUUACGGAAAAGAUCGUCAUAAUGCAGAAAUCGUAGCAUUUCAUUUAUCCUCGUUACUUGCUUUACGAAGAGUACCCCUUGCUGUUAUUCGAAAACUUGAUCUUAACAAUGAGAUUCGUAAGCAUGCAACACCAGAAUUAUAUACUACCAUGUAUCAGGAGGGUAAUGAUACGUGUUUGUACGGUGUUUGUCAUUACUGUUCUUCGAACGAUCCAGUUUGUGGAACAGGCGAUAUCUUGGAAGGUGCAUUGAUAUUUUGGUUACCGCGUUACUUGCAUCUUGUAAAACAUCGACAUCCAUGGCAGAGGACAUACAAGAAAAAAAAACUUGCACCUUGGGAAAUGGAUGAUAAUUAUUGCAAGAAGGUCAAAGAGUCUAAAGCAUACUCACCACAAUUUUCAAGUAGGCUAUUGGAUUUGGUAGAUACAGCAGUUUUUGACUUUUUGAUGGAUAACGGUGAUCGGCAUCAUUAUGAAUUGGCGCAAAAUAAUUUUCACAAUCCUGCUGUAUUAUUGAUAGACAAUGGGAAGAGUCUUGGUAAUCCGGACGUUGAUCAUCUCGACAUUUUAGCACCACUUUAUCAAUGUUGCAUAAUACAUAAAACUACAUGGGAUCGUUUAAAAAUGUUCAGUGGUGGUACACUGAGCUUGUCAUUGGAAAAGCUUAUUGCUCGCGAGACAAUAAUGGCCGAUGUUCUACCGCUUAUUUCAGAUGCACAUCUCAGCGCUAUGGAUAGAAGGCUUCUUACCAUUUACGCUGUCGUUGAAUACUGUGUAAAGAAAAAGAGAUACGUUUCUAAUGUAAUUCUAGAUCAUCGGUAGUAUGAAGUAAGAAAUAAGAUAUUUUAUAGAUCGAUUCUUAUAUAUUAUUUAAUUACCGAUGACACUAGAAUUUGAUUUGAAAUAGUAGAAGAAUUUUGCAGCAGCUAUGUGUAAAUAAUAAAUUUGAUAAAUAUGUAAACACAGUCGCGCGCACAUACACCCACACGCGAUAUAUAUGUAUGUUGUAUUUUUUUUUAUACGUUACAUUUUAUAUAACGACAUUUAAUAUAUUUUAAUCGACGAUGAAACAAUUGUUUUGGAUGAUGACGUAAUGUGUAAGACGUAAAAUGAUCUAAUGCCAGAGAUCGUUAGAGUUUAAUGUGGUUUAUUUUAUGUCACAAUAAUUACCAUUAUUUGGAUAAAUUUUGAAUGUAGCGCCGUACAGCGUAUAAAUACGGUACAAACGUAAAAAACCCGUUAAUACGAUUGCAUAAUCGUUAACAUACUUUAAAGUUCGUGUCACAGAUUGGGAUCUGAGAAUACUCUCAGUUCGAUAACAUGUACAAUAUGUAUAGCGAAUGUAGCUCGUGGUACUCGUCGGGAUUUGCAGUAAAGAGAAACUUGUGGGAGCGAAACAAGCUACAAGUCAGCGUAAUGUCGCAGCAUUCGACUACUUUCCUUUCUGUUACCACAAGACCUCUCGUAAAAGCUUACGAUACCAAACUUUGAGUCAAGUUUCCACAUUAGCUCCUUCCUCCUCGACGUCUUCGCACAAUAACCCUUAUAUACUUUAUUUACAACAUUACAUGACCAGAAUUACUCACAUAUCUUAUCGAAUAAUUAUUCAGUUUUUGUUCAUAAUACAUAUUUAGCGCCGUCAUUCGCGUAUGUUCGUGUAUAUGUAUAUGUCAGGCGCAUGCGUAUUACGUGUGUGUGGUACGUGUACGUAUGCGUAUAUCCGAGACGUACGUGUGUAUAUUAUAUAUAAUAACAUUUUUGUUCUUUUAUAAUUAAAUAGAGCUUUCGUAGCAAA